AUGUUAAAUCCAUUUGGUAUUAGUCAAUUUUGUGAUUUAAAACCUUAUGAUUUAACAUUUGGAUUAGAUCCAGCUGUAAUAAAUUCAUGUCCAUCAUUGAACAUUGCUUUGAGAAGUAUUUCAUUAAUAUUAACAAAUGAACAUAUUAUGAGUAAUUUUGCUCCUCAUUUCAUCCCGUACAAUGAGUAUGAUGGAAAUUUCCCAAGUUCUAUUAGUCCAGAUAUUAUGAAUUUAAUGAAAACAACAUUUACGAAUUCAAAUCUUCCAAAAAUCAUCUUAUCAGCUGAUGUAUUUAAAGAUGUUCAAUAUUCUCAUGCUAUGUAUGGUGUUUAUAAAGGUCGACAACUUGAAACUGAUAUUAAUGUAAUCUAUCUCAAUAGUGAAUUUGUUACAUAUUCAAAACAAUAUAGUGAUUUGGAAAAGAUUAUACAAUAUGCAUCAGUUUUCUUAUUUACUAUUAUCCACGAGAUCGGACACUGGGCAUUUCACCAUUUCAGUUGCAAUAUGAAUCACGAUUUAUAUACACCCAAGGGCGUUCUUAUGCAAGAGGCUGGUGAGGCUAUUGAAACGAUGAUUUUUGGUUUUCAACUCUUACACUAUGGUCCAGAAGAACCUGUUUAUAUCGUAAUAUAUAAUUAA